GCCAACUCUGAGGAAAUCUUUUGUAUCUGUAUAUCAGUCAUGGGUUAAUCCGAUUAAACCCGUGUUGCUUAGUUAGGGUUUAAGAGAAUUGCUGCUUACACCGGUCAUGGCUGCAAAACUUGUGUCCUCCUCGGCUUCUACUUUGGUUCCAUCCAUUUUCUCACCGUUUCAACCUCGGAGUUCCUUUCAGUUGCGUUCAUCAAGGCAUCAGCCUACUCAUCUCCUUUGUUACCAUUCUCGACACCGUAAAACUGAUAAAAUUAGUUCUCUUCACAUUUCCUUCAGAGACCGAAAUCCAAGAGAAGUCUUCCGAAAGAAAGCUUAUUUGCCUCUUGCAACUUCAGAAGAACAGUUCCAGUACACUGACCAAACACUCGAAAAUCCUGAAACAACAAGUCCCCAACUUGGCCCCGAAGCUACACCUCGAGAUGGUAGUUCAACUAUCCAAUACAAUGGAAAUGACGGAAAACCUGGUUUCAUUUCGUUUUACAAUCCUCGGAAUAAAACAGAGGAUAUCAUUGUCCCUCCUGAAUCACAAAGUACAUGGGGACGCCUGCUCUGGCUCAUUGGUCCUGCAGUCUUAGUCUCCUCUUUCAUUUUACCUCCAGUUUACUUACGAAGAAUAGUUUCAGCAGUUUUUGAAGACUCUUUGCUCACAGACUUUCUCAUCCUGUUCUUCACCGAGGCUCUCUUCUACUGUGGAGUCGCUGCAUUUCUUCUGAUAAUAGACCGCUCAAGAAAAACCGGAAAAGUUCCCCAGAACCGAAUCAAUCCUUCUCAGUUAGGACAAAGAAUCUCCUCUGUAGCAACAUUAGUGCUGAGUCUCAUGAUUCCAAUGGUGACAAUGGGAUUCGUUUGGCCAUGGACUGGACCUGCAGCAUCAGCUACUCUUGCACCGUACCUCGUUGGUAUCGUUGUUCAGUUUGCAUUCGAACAGUACUCAAGAUACCGUAACUCUCCAUCAUCUCCUAUCAUCCCCAUCAUCUUUCAGGUAUACAGACUUCAUCAGCUGAACAGAGCGGCGCAAUUAGUAACAGCAUUGUCGUUUACGGUUAAAGGAGCAGAGGCAACAGUUAAUAAUCUGGCAAUCAAGAAAUCGCUGGGCACACUUUUGAAUGUGAUACAGGUUUUAGGUGUGAUUUCAAUCUGGUCUAUAUCAAGCUUCCUCAUGUGGUUAUCAUCACCUUCCCAAAACCAGUCUUAAUGUAUGAAACAGCUUUCUUAUUACUAUUGCAGAGAAGAGAAUAACAGAUCUGUCUCAAGUUAUUAACUGUUAAAAACUACACCUUUUUAUAAAUUUACUUAGGGUCCAAUUUACACAAUUGAAAGAAUAAAGACCUGCUUACAAU